GGAAGGAGGGCGCCGCCAUUUUGUCGGCAGCGAGGAAAAGCCAGGGGCUCGAGAAGAACCGCAGGACCGCUCUGGACCGCCUCCCAAGGCCUUAGCCGCCCUUGUCGGUUAUUUAUCGUUCCCUUGAAGUUUUGCUGAACCGUGCCAUCACGACGGAGAUGUCGGAAUACAUCCGGGUUACCGAAGAUGAAAACGAGGAACCCAUUGAGAUCCCUUCAGAGGAUGAUGGGACUGUGUUGCUCUCUACAGUUACAGCUCAGUUCCCAGGAGCAUGCGGCCUGCGCUACAGAAAUCCUGUGUCUCAGUGUAUGAGAGGAGUCCGGCUGGUGGAAGGAAUUCUGCAUGCACCAGAUAAUGGCUGGGGAAAUCUGGUGUAUGUUGUGAACUAUCCGAAAGACAACAAGAGAAAGAUGGAUGAAACCGAUGCCUCCUCAGCUGUUAAAGUGAAACGAGCAGUGCAGAAGACUUCUGAUCUCAUAGUAUUGGGUCUUCCAUGGAAAACGACAGAACAAGACCUAAAGGAAUAUUUCAGCACAUUUGGAGAAGUUCUUAUGGUGCAGGUUAAGAAGGACAUCAAAACUGGUCACUCAAAGGGGUUUGGUUUUGUAAGGUUUACGGACUAUGAAACUCAGGUGAAAGUCAUGUCUCAGCGUCACAUGAUAGAUGGAAGAUGGUGCGACUGCAAACUCCCCAAUUCUAAGCAAAGUCCAGAUGAACCUUUGCGUAGCAGGAAGGUCUUUGUUGGGCGUUGCACCGAAGACAUGACUGCCGACGAGCUCCGUCAGUUUUUUUCGCAGUAUGGAGAAGUGGUUGACGUCUUCAUCCCCAAACCCUUCAGAGCUUUUGCCUUUGUUACAUUUGCCGAUGAUCAGGUUGCCCAGUCUCUUUGUGGCGAGGACUUGAUCAUAAAAGGAAUCAGCGUCCAUAUAUCCAAUGCUGAACCUAAGCAUAAUAGCAGUAGACAACUAGAAAGAGGUGGAAGAUUUGGUGGUAAUCCAGGAGGCUUUGGGAAUCAGGGUGGAUUUCCUAACCGGGGGGGAGGUGGCGGAGGUGGAGGGUUGGGAAACAACCAGGGUAGUAAUAUGGGGGGAGGAAUGAACUUUGGCGCCUUUAGCAUCAACCCCGCCAUGAUGGCAGCAGCUCAGGCAGCACUCCAGAGCAGCUGGGGAAUGAUGGGCAUGCUAGCCAGCCAGCAAAAUCAGUCUGGGCCAUCAGGUAGCAGCCAGUCACAGGGCAACAUGCAGAGGGAGCCGAGCCAGGGGUUCAGUUCAGGAAGCAAUUCCUACGGAAGCUCGAACUCCGGCGCAGCAAUAGGAUGGGGCUCAUCAAACACAGGCUCUAACAGUGGGUUUAAUGGCGGUUUCGGCUCAAGCAUGGAUUCUAAGUCAUCUGGCUGGGGAAUGUAGACAACCUAAUACUGAUUCAGUGGUGGGGAAAUGAGAUUUCCCCUCACACCUCCCCCCCCCAAAAAAAACCUAGAGCUCCCGGUAAGUAUAUUGUAAGAUGCAUAUACUAAAAAGGAAAAAAAAUUCAAAUCAAUUUGUUCAGCGUGUAGUAUAUUUCAACAGUAUUUUUGACACUUUUUUUCUUUUAUAAGGGGAAAAAGCAAAGCAAAAGAUUAAAUGGAGUUUUAUAGGUUUUGUUACAAUGAGUUGGGGUAUUGAGUGGUUGGAAGUGAACUGCUGUUUGCCUGAGUGGUAAACGAACGCGCUGCAAUUUGAUAGGAAUUCAUUUAAAGGAGAAAAAAAAAAGAAUUCCUCAUUUCCUAGUCAGCUGAGACCUUUGCAUGUUUCAAAAAUGGAAGCCAUUUUUCAGAAACUGCAUCCUAUCCUAUUUAGCUUUUUUUUCUUUUUAAAAUUUAUUUUGAUCCCCCGCCAUAAGAAUUUCUCUCUCUCUUUCUCUCCCUCCCCCUCCCCCCAAAUGUCCUGUGUGGAGAAUGCAAUGUUGGUGUCGGCUUUUUUUCCUUUUAACACUGUCUCCCCUCCUCAUACUAAAGUACGGUAUGAAGACCUCAUUUAAUCCUUGCAGUUCAUCUCAUUUCAAAAUGUGUUUGGAAGAAGCACUUCAUUGAAAAAAAAGCAGUGCAGUAAAAACAGAACAAAACAAAACAAAACAAAAACCUACCUUAGGAAUAUUCCUGUCUCCAUGCUUUCCUCAUCCAAGACUCCCUUCAUCCUGCUGCACAUGCUGCGUCUUAAGACGGUGGGUGUUCCAUUUUUAUCCACUACUCUUUUGUUUCAUGGAGAGUCGUAUUCAACGCUAUGAACGCAAGGCUGUGAGAUGGAAACCGGAAGGCUUGAUUGAACUUUUGAAAACCUUGUGUGGGCUUGGAUUGGUGGUGCCGAGGCAUGAGAGAGGGCUUGGUAUGUGCGAGAAAAAGGAGGAGACGCAUGCAGAGAGAGACUUGGUGGUGCAUUAUGGGAUUUUUUUAUUUUUAUUUUUUAGAAAAAAAAGUGUUUUUUUCUUGGCACGAUGUCCCUCGAUCCUGUGGCUUUGGUGAGAGAGUGUGCGGAGAGCAGUGGGAGCAGACGUACGAGUGCUGUUUUUUUUCCCCCCCUUGGCAUUCAGAAGGACAUCCCAAUCUGGAAGAACUUUAAGUGGGGGGGAGGGCUUUUUACUUAGUUAACCAAUUAGUUGAAUGUGUUAAGUGAAAUGAAUAUCUGUAUUUUUUCUUCUUUAUGUCAACUCUGCUGUGAAUGCUGUAUGGUGUGUGUUCUUUUCUGUUCAAUGAUCCUGUAAGUGUGGUAAUGUGAACUGAAGGUGGGGGCUUUUGAAUGGGAACCUCAGGCUCAUGGCGUGCUUUGUGGAUUUUUGUCCCCCCCCCCUCCAAAACAAAGCACGAUCCUGAGCUCAGAGGUUCUCCUGUGGGUGGAAGUUUCUCUGUCUGUAAGAUAUCCAUAUGAAUGCUGUUUGCUGCAGUUCUGUGUUUGGAUGCUUUUUAUAAGAUUUGUCAAUGUAGGAAAUUCUUAAAUAAAACUGAUUUAAGUAA